UAACAUACACAGUAUAUGUCUUAACUGUCAAACAUUAUACUAGCUUUGGAAGGCAAACCACUGACUAAUAAACACUCAAACUGCAGAUAUGCAGAAAGAAAGAGUCGAACCUGGGGAGCAUCGAAUUUGUGGUCUGGGAAAUCAUAAGCUGAGAACUCCGAACUACACAAUCAGAAAUCCCCACUUGCUAAAGUUCGGCCAACGAAUAAACUCCGAACUCAGGUCGCAACCAUUGUGCAUGUCAUGCUACAAGAAUCUAAUAAGCCUCUACCGGAUCAAAAACAACAAUGCCAAAAGACAUAAAGAGUUCAGAAAUGCGCCGAGUGUGUCCUCAGUGAGUAGCAGUCGGAGUCAGACAAGUGACACGUCGGCAGGUGCCACUUCCGUUGCUCCUGCAUCAACGAGGGCUGCCACGACGACUUCCUCUGAAGACAAUGACGAUAGACAAACAACCAGUGCCGCGGCCGCUGCCAAACGGGCAAGGAGAGAGCUUAUGUCCGAGGACGAUUCAAAUUCCGAUCUAAGCCUCAAUGCAGUGAAUGGUACUCGAUUGCCUAAUAUACAGCCGAUACCAAGAAGACGCCAGUUCGUACACUUAAACAAGGAAGCAAUGGAAAUAUACCUGGCUGGAACCACAGGAGGAUAACGCGGAUUAAACAUAUGAAAUUAAUGCCAAAGCAUCAUAUUUAAUAAGAUUCAGCUUCAAUUUACAUGUUACGACUUUGAAAUCUAACUUAAAUUUUGUUAUUAAUAAAAUUUUGA